AUGCUAUCACAUCCUUAUGUUUUAGAUUUACUAAAACAGUGGAAAUUAUCUGAUGAUCAAAAUAUACCAAAAGACUUGCUCGCUUUACUCGUUCAUAACAAAAAAAAUGUAGAUUUAUCAGAAUUGUGUAAUUUACUUUACAAUUAUAAAGUAAAAAAACAAAAAAGAAAUAAAAAUCUAAAAAAUUUAAAAGUAGCCUUAAAUGAAUGGUUUACUGCUAAAGAGGGAAUGUUUAAACUAAUUAAUAACGAUAAUCUCUCAACACAGACGAUAAAAUUAUUAAAUAAAAAAGUAAUUAAGCAUUCACAAAAAGACUUAGUAAAAGAUUUUUACGAGAAUAUUGACGCAAUAAGCGAUUUCCAUCCAGAUUACGCUAUAAAAAUUGUAUAUGAAUUGCUUGAAAAAUGUAAAAAUUGUGAUAUUAAUUUUAAAAAAGUAUCUAGUAACAUAGAAAAUAUACUAAAAGUUAAUAAUAAAUCCAGAGAAAGCAUUAAUGAUUCAUCAAUUUUGAAUUUCGUGACUAAAAGAGAAAAGACAUCUGCUAGUCAGCAUUCUAUGUUUCACGUAUUGCCCUUUGAUAAUUCUGUAUAUUUGUACAAUCUUAAAAAUCCAAAUUAUAAUUCUCUAAGGCGAAGAAAGGAUCUAGUAAAUCCAGUUAAAAAAAUAUUUAUAAAACUAUCUACAGAUUUCCGACCACCUAUUUAUAGAUCGCAGAAAUUGUACCUACAACAUAGAAAUAGUUUAAAAAGAAUAUUUAAUAUUGAUUAUGAAGAAGAUAGUACAUGGGAAGAUGAUGAGGAUGGAGAGAGUAUAAGAUCAGAAGAUAGUGACAAUGAAGAUGAAGAUAGUGAAAACGAAGAAUGGGUAGAAGAAGAUUCUGAUGAAAAUGAUAAUAAAAAAAAUCAAAGAAGACCUAUGCUUACAUUUCCUAAAAUAAAAUGUGUAAAAAACGAAGCUUAUACAAAUUUAUGGGACAAUUUACCGCUAAUUAAUGAACAAUAA